UUCUUCCUCCCAUGAUUUAUCUGGCUCAUGGGAGCACACAAGCCUACAGCGCACUUCUGACCACUUCAGUUCCGUGAGCAGCAUAGACAGCCUGGACCACAGCUCCCAGCUCUACCCAUCUGGACACCUCUCAUCUGCCAAGUCCAACAGCAGCAUUGACCACUUGGGUGGCCACAGCAAGCGGGACUCAGCUUAUGGUUCCUUUUCUACUUGUUCUAGCACCCCUGACCACACCUUGCCCAAGGCCGAUGCCUCUUCUACUGAGAACAUUCUCUACAAAGUUGGCCUUUGGGAUUCCUCUAGGCCAGGCACCAGCCGACAGAGCCAGUCUGCAAAUGAUCCUCAGGGACUGCAGGACAGGCCAUCACAUUUCACACCCAGAAUUCCUGGUAAUAGGAGUAAAAGCCCAAGGCCAGAGGAUAAUGUUGAGCCCAAAAUAGCCACUUCUGGGAGAGCCAAUUUUGGGCCUAUCUGGUAUGUUCCUGACAAGAAAAAAACCCCAUCUUCUCCUCCUCCUCGUGCACCUCCUUUGCGCAGUGAUAACUUUGCUCUGGCAGCAAGGGGUCAUGAAAAGGCACGGGCCCCUCCGUUUUCAGACUUAGCCAGUAUGCAGCACUUUACCACCCAGCCCCAUGUGCAAACCUGGGGAGAUCACAGACUGGAAACUACAGAUCGACAGUGGAAGCUUGCACACCCAAGCAGUGGCAAAGAAAUAGAAAAUUUGGGUUACCAGCCAGAAGGCCACCUAGUUUGCCGUUGGCUAUGCUCUGAUGAUAGAGCAGGCAGAUCCACAGGGGCUCCAGGCAGGCUCCAGUUCUCCCUGUCUAGCUCAGAUGUGCAAUUCCUGAAGUCUAACCAUGGGGGUCAGCACACACGACAGUGCAGUGACGAGAGCACAAGGGUCCCCUCAUCACCAAGGGAGUUGCCUCAUAUAACUGCUGGCAGAGGUCUGCAGGAGCCUCUUGCACUAUCCCAGGAUGACAACCCCGCUCAGGUAAGGUGUCCUGGUUUUGCCAACCAGAAGCUGGAUGAGAGAGGGAAGAGCCACUAUUUUUCUGUACCCUCCAGGCAGCCUGUGCAGGGGAAUGCCCAAGUUGUGAUACCGCGAGGUGACUGUUGGCAUUCAGACACAAUUCCUGUGGACCUUGAAUAUCCAUUCUUGCGCCUAAUGAGCCAGAGGGGCUACCUACAGCAGCAUGAGGAGACCCUGGCCUCUCAUGAAAGAGAGGGGUAUCACCAGCUAAAUGAAGGAGUUGAAGGCUGCUGCUCAGGAAUCCAAGAGCCUCCUAGAGCCAGCCAUACUGUAAGAGCUGGUCUGCAGUGUCCUGGCGAUGACUUCAAGUUGGUGGAUGGAGAGAAUAUUUCUCGUCAAAAGACACCUAUGCUGCACUCUCUGACCCAAGAUGGGGCAUGGAGACCUGAGAACAGCAAGGAUUGUGAAAACGAGAAAGCACCACUGCUCGAUGGCCAGAUGAGUAAGCCCACACGGAGGAGUGACCGCUUUGCCACAACACUGAGGAAUGAGAUCCAAAUGCACAGAGCAAAGCUGCAGAAGAGCAAGAGUACAGUGACACUGGCUGGAGAUAGUGAAGCUGAAGACUGUGCUGGAGACUGGAGAGCUGAUGUGGAGGCUGUCCCAGAAGGUUCCUUCCCCAUCAUCUAUAAAGAGCACCUGAAGGAGGCCCAGACACGUGUCCUGAAAGCCACCUCUUUCCAGCGCCGUGAUUUAGAUCCCACCCCAACAGAUCAGUAUCAAGGACCACCAGAACACAGGACUUGUGACCACACCGCCUCAUCUUCUUUAUCUUCUUUCCCUGGGGAGCCAGACACUGGCUCCUACCUCUGUGAGGCAGGUCUGGCCAAGGCACCCUCUUCUGGAGGAAGUGUAUCCCACAUUCUCCGAAUUGGAGGUCGGAAACGGUUCACAGCAGAGCAGAAACUGAAAUCCUAUUCUGAGCCAGAGAAAAUAAAUGAAGUGGGGCUCUCAGGGGACCACAGUCCUCAUCCUAAUGUUAGGACACCUGAGGAUACUGUGGGUACAUUUGCUGACAAGUGGAAGUUUUUUGAGGAAACAAGUAAAUCUCUUCUCCAAAAGCCAAGCCAUAGGCAAGCUCUCUGUGGGCUCCCAAGAGAGAAAGCUGAGAGGCCACAGACAGGAGCCCAUGAGGAUGAGAGUACUGUGCACUGGUUCCAGAAGAGGUCACGGGCUACCUCCUGUGGAGAGAUCCUCAGUAAUGACAGAAAAGUAGAAAAGGCCCCAGAGAAAUUGAAUCCACCCAGAAGGCUUGGAACCUUUGCAGAAUAUCAAGCAUCUUGGAAGGAACAGAAGAAACCUCUGGAAGCCAGGAGUUCUGGGCGGUACCAUUCAGCAGAUGACAUUCUGGAAGCUGGUCUAGAUCAGCAGCAGAGGCCACAAUACAUUCAUGAACGUUCCCGUUCAUCACCAUCCACAGAUCAUUACUCACAGGAAGUGCCUGUUGAGGCAAACAGACAGGCAGAGGACUCUGGUGAGCACAAAGAAGCACUUCCCUGUACACUGCAGACUGAAGAGGAAUGCUCUGCUCCAAG